AUGAUUUCUGGUGGAACAGAUACCUCUUCUGCGGUUUUAGAAUGGGCUAUGACAGAGCUACUGCGACACCCACAAGCCAUGGAAAAAGUACAAGAAGAAGUUAGAAGGAUUGAUCAAGGUAAAUCAAUGGUAACCGAGGAUGAUAUACAAGAAAUGCACUACCUGAAAGCAGUAAUCAAAGAGACCUUGAGGCUACCUCCAUUGCUUCUUCCACGAGAAUCCAUCAAAGAUGUUAAAGUACAAGGGUAUGAAAUUUUGGCCAGGACAAGAGUAUUUAUCAAUGCUUGGGCGAUUGGGAGGGAUCCCGAAUCAUGGGAAGAAGCUGAGGAGUUCAGGCCAGAGAGAUUCUUGAACAAUCUUAUCGACUUUAAAGGGCAUGAUUUUCAUUUUAUUCCAUUUGGAGCUAGAAGACGGGGGUGCCCUGGAAUUACGUUUGGCAUGACCAUUAUUGAGCUUGUGUUAGCGAAUAUUUUGCGCAAGUUUGAUUUGAUGGUACUUGAAAAAUUUGAGAAGGAAGGUUUAGACAUAACUGAAUCUUCUGGGAUAACCACUCAUCGACAAUUUCCCCUCAUCAUUUCCGUAAAGCGUCAAUGCUACUAG